AUGACAAUGAACGUCGGCAUGGUAUUCAUAAACUGUCAUUACAGAUACACAACUGUUAAGAGGUAAUAGCCCUAUCUCUACCCCUUACCCUAGUUGCACCCCGCCCUACAUUCACCUACUCUACACUACAGUAUAAAAUGUUACCGUACCCCUAUCAAACCUUAUAAAUCAGUUAAAAAAAUAAAAUUUUUCUUUUCAGCCGCUUGAACUCAAAGUCAUUUCACUGGAUAUGGUCCUACACGUUAAUUAACCUCAUAGUCAUCACUAUAGCCAUCGGGUGUGCCUUAGCGUUUAAUAAUGGCAAAAGCAUACAAGCAGACGAAAUUGAAGGGAUUUGCUUCCCAAAAAGCUUCAACAACUUUUUAUACACAGAAAAUGUAAGUUUUAGGUAACAAACUUUGGUUAAAACGUCCUUAUCUUAUCCUCUCUGUUUUACAUUACUCUGCCCUACCCUACUUUAUCGUACCUUACAUUGUCCUACCCUAUCAUACACUGCUCUGCCCUACUUUACUACCCUACUGAAUGCUUGAAAAACGGACCUUUCCACAAAUUUUUUAAUUAUCUAUUUUAGACUAAAAAGGUUUUUUUAAAUUUGAUAUACAUUUUUUAGAAGAACCUGUACAACAAAGUUCUUUUCACAGCCAUUCUGGCCGCUUUCAUCCUUGCUUACGUUGGAUCUAGUGUUUUCAAUCGAAAAACUUUAAAUUUACUCAAAAAUAACCUUCGAUUCCAAAAUGAAAGGACAUUAAGCAUGCAGAGUCAACUAUCAAAGGUCAUUAUUGUACAGGUAAGUACCCUGCCUGCCCUAUGUUAUCUUAUAUAAGCUUACCGUGAUCUACUCCAGCAUACUCUACCUUACCCAACAAUACCUUACUCUAAAAUAAUUACUCCGCUAUCAAAACCACCCCUUUUCAGAGCCUAGUCCAACUAGCCGCCUCAGUAGGUCCAGUCACCCUAAUCUGCGUUUGUAUCCUAACCAACACUGAAGCCACGAUAGAUAUGUUAAUAUUUGGCUGUAUAUCUUGGUUGCCAUUAUUUAACUCCGCAGCCACUAUCAUUAUAAUCAAACCGUAUCGAAGACGGUUGAUGGCUAUGUGGAGACAGAAGACGUUAUGUGUAUCAAUGACACAUGUUAGCCAUCUUCAUUAUAUGAGCUCGAAUUGGCAGAGCAAAACGUUUACGAGUCGAUAA